GUCGGGCGCUGACGGACGCGGCCGCGGGGCGCUGCUGCGGGAAGAUGGCGGAGCUGCGCGCGCUCGUGGCUGUCAAGAGGGUCAUCGACUUCGCUGUGAAGAUCCGGGUGAAGCCGGACAGGACGGGCGUGGUGACGGAUGGCGUGAAGCACUCCAUGAACCCCUUCUGCGAGAUCGCCGUGGAGGAGGCCGUGCGGCUCAAGGAGAAGAAGCUGGUGAAGGAGAUCAUCGCCGUGAGCUGCGGGCCCACACAGUGCCAGGAGACCAUCCGCACAGCGCUGGCCAUGGGCGCUGACCGCGGCAUCCAUGUGGAGGUGUCCCCUGCCGAGGCAGAUCGCCUGGGUCCCCUGCAGGUGGCCCGAGUCCUGGCCAAGCUGGCCGAGAAGGAGAAGGUGGACUUGGUGCUGCUAGGCAAGCAGGCCAUCGAUGACGACUGCAACCAGACGGGACAGAUGACAGCUGGACUUCUGGACUGGCCGCAGGGCACAUUCGCCUCCCAAGUGACGCUGGAGGGGGACAAGCUGAAGGUGGAACGGGAGGUGGACGGGGGCCUGGAGACCCUGCGCCUGAAGCUGCCGGCCGUGGUGACCGCCGACCUGAGGCUCAACGAGCCCCGCUACGCCACGCUGCCCAACAUCAUGAAAGCCAAGAAGAAGAAGAUCGAGGUGCUGAAGGCAGGGGAGCUGGGCGUGGACCUGACCUCGCGGCUGUCGGUGCUGGGCGUGGAGGACCCUCCGCAGCGCACGGCCGGCGUCAAGGUGGAGACCACCGAGGACCUGGUGGCCAAGCUGCGGGAGAUCGGGCGGAUCUGAGCCGCUCCCCGAAACUCGCCAAUAAAACUGUGACGCUCUCAA